AUGAAUGAAGUCAGAGCUGCUGUUACAAUCUCCAAGGAUCAAAUUGUUUCUUCUAUCACACAAGUGGAGCAGACUAUUGAUCAGGUUCAGGUGGUAGGUUCUGGUUUUUUGGACACAACACAGCGUGUUGCUGGAGCUAUUGGGAAUGUUUUGAAGCCUGGCUUCGAUACGGCGUUGCCAAUUGUGCAACAGGCUGGUGAAGAGGCUCUGAAAUUUGCUUCACCAAUUUUCUCUGAGGCUUCCAGGAAGGCUCAAGAAGCACUUCAAAGUUCUGGUGUUGAUACCCAACCUGUUUUCACUGCUGCUAAGACAGUGGCAGAUGCUGCACAACAAACAACCAAAGUGAUUGAAGGUGCCAAGCCAAUAGCCUCAUUUGAACCAAAACCUGCAGUACAUGAAGCGAGUUGGAAUUAA